AUGAAAGAGUGUGUCUCUCACUCUCAGUCGUAUUUUGUUUGACUUUGACUUCGAGGUUGAGUGAGUGAAGACUGAACUGACUGUGAAGAGGUGGACGAAGUGCCCUUGACUGAGUUACUCUCUUGGAGUUGGAACCCUGCAGGCAGGUGCAGUGACAAGCUCUCACACAAAGAGAAAAAUUAAUAACUUCGGGAGUUUUUGGCUUCCAGUUCCAACACUGUCAUUGUCGAGCAACCCACGUUACUCCUGUUGCUCCAUUAUUGGAAUCUUGAGAAGUCUACCUGCGAAUCCUCUCGACAAGCAGGCCUGGUCCAUCUCUGUUUCUCUGCGUAGCUUUCAAAGUGAACAAGAGCGAGUUCGACGCUGAUCUAUUGAACGUGUUAUGUCUGAGUAGUUGAUCUUGUGGACCAACACUCAAUGCUAAAUGUAAUUUUACUACCUGACAUAACACCAGGAUGCUGUGCGCGGAGAACCUAGAUUGCCUAUUGCUGACUCGGGCAUGAUUGGAUUUGCUGACUAUAGCAGUGGACUAUAGGAAGGUCACACGCAGUGAUGAUGGUGUGAUACAGAGUGUUGCAGACUAUAGUAUUGUCAGGUGCAACUGUAGCUGCUAUUGUUUGCCUGGCGUGUGGUGGUUGCCAAUAGUUCUCUAUUACUCUAGUAGUAGUACUGAUCUACGGUGAGUACUGACAACUACUACUGAGUGCAGUGGCAUCAUCUUUACGCGCUGUACACAAGGAUGUGGUCAAUUUUCGAGAAAGCCGUCAACAAUUCUGUUGCUGCACUGGAUAUAGUGAAGAGAGAUGUGGGCGAGUUUUGUAAGACAGUCUCCGAGGACACUACAAACUACAUAAAUGGAGAUGCUGACACUCCGUUUGGUGAACCCAAGCAUUCACAGAGAGCGCAUUCUGGCACAUCUCAUCAUGGUGCACCAUCAGGCGCUGUGCAGCAUGGACAUGCCGAUGACGUCAGUGUGACAUCAUCAGCCUAUGACAGGCAACAGGCUCAACUAGAAGCUAUUCAAACGGAUCCAGAGACCUACCUAACAACUCCAGACCCUGUGGCUGACUUUGAGCGCUGGUGUAGCAGUUUUGAUUUGGACAGUCAUACAGGGGAGAUCUCCAAAGUCCUGAUGAAGCAAAGUGUGCGCACACUUCAUGCCACCUUGGUUCCUGCUCAAGUCCAGCCAAGAAACUUCUGGCUACGCUAUUUUUACCGCCUUCACCUGCUUAAACAGGAUGAUGAUAGGCGUGCAGCGCUGAAAGCCUUUGCUCUGCAACCAGUUGAAAACGACCUGGAGAGUUGGGAUGAUGAUGAAGGAUGGGAUGGUGCUGGAGGAGACUGGCAGCCGAUAGUUCUCAACGAUAGCAUAACGAGUUCUGUGUCUGUGGAAUCUGCUGACACUACUUCUAGAGUGUGCGUUGGUGAUGUUGGUGUUACUGCUAGUGCUGACGUACUAUCAUCAACUCCCACUCCAUCCAGCUACAUGGCAAGUGUUACUACAUCGAAUGAUACCUGUUCUGGCAUUGAUGAUGUAUCAAGGUCUAGUCGCGGUGGCCUUGCUGCCGCCCCUGCUGCAUCAGCAUCAGUGUCAGCAGCUAAGCAUAACCACCAGCAUCAUCACCACCAGCAUCAUCAUCAGCAUCAUCAUGUUACCACUACCAAUACAAUACACGAUGAAGGUGAUUCGGACAGUACCCAUGGAGAUUCGUACACAGCUACUGACUGUUCAUCUCCACCACAAACGUCGUCUAGUGAUGCAAGCAGCCCGCGCAGCUCUCCACCGCCAGUGUCGCUUCACUCACCAAACAAACCAGUUAGCUCCCGUGCUCGGCGCCUGCGGCAAACUGCACAUCAGAAGACACGACAAGCACACGGACAGCACACACCAUCGACAUCUUCACCUGCAACAACAGUAUCUACAGCAACUGCAGCAGCAGCAGAAUCAUCUCAGGCAAGCAGACGGAGGAAGCAGCAAACUGACGGCAGUGUCGGCAUGACAACGCUGAGUAGCUCGUCAUCACUAGGCGAUGACUAUGAGGCUGGUGAUGGACAUGACACCAUGGACUCACCAGCUGUGUCAGCUCAGCGUAUCGAUAGGUCGGCGGUGGCGGCUGUUGGGAAUGAUGAGACGAGUGGUUCUGAGAUUGUGGUGCUGGGCAUAAAUGAUGAUGCAAGUUCGCAGGAUACAACUCCUGCAAUGUCACAUUCAAGUGGUCGUGAUGUAUUGCUCGGCAGACUAAUGCCAUCAGCUGUCACCAGUCCGCCAGCUAGUUCUUAUGGUAGUGAUUUUGAAGUAAUCAGUGAGACGGAUCCAUCUGAGGGUCUUUCACCCCUGCACAGACCCAAGGUCACCACGCCAAUGACUGAGUCAACGUCUCGUGUUGCUUCCGUGGCAACGUAUGUAUCUUCAGAUACCACACUGCAGAAUGUCACAGCGACUAAUGAAGACCAGGCUGAUAGCGAGGACUGGGAAUCAUGGGAUUAAACUGGAGACUUGAGAGGCCGCACAGAUAACAGAGCAAGUUUGAGCUGUCUAUUUUUGUUAGAGAAAUUAUGCGUUUCCACAACCCUGCCAUGAAAAUAAUGUAUUUUUUUAAUGCUAUAUCAACUUUUCCAUGCACGCAAUGUUGCAGCCCCCCCCCCCCACGCACACGUACGCCGCUCAUAUGUGUUUUUUAUUCCGCCUAGUAAACUAACUUUAAUUACUCACCUGCUUGUGAGCUGCUCGUUUCUCCAGUGCUUUUUGGUCUUUUUUCUUAUUUUCCAUUGUCUUGCUUUUUUCUUCAAGUUGCUGCUCAUAUGUACGAUGAAUGGUUUAUGUGCAGUUUCAUGUGAUGAAGUGAUGAAGUGUGUAGGUCUAUGUGGUGUCUAGUGGCAUGCUGUUGAGAAGUGUAGACAACAAGUCUUAGCGUGGGCUCGUUCUUGCAAUUCUGCAUCUACUUCUGCACCUGAUGUUAGAACCGCGCCUUCUUUAUGAUGAUUUGGCUGCUGCUGUGAGUAUUUUGCGUAUGCAUGCUAUAUUGUGUUGCACAAUCAUCUAAUAUCUUCCCUACUGCUGUGUAUACCAGCCACCUAGCACAGCACACUGCUGCAGUGCUGGGAAUUUCCACAUCAUCACUGCACAUUGUGAUACUACCAGGCUGUGUCAGUGAUGCAACACACAUGCGGUCAAGUACAUCCCUUGUCUGCACACAUCCUACAGUCGCUUUGGAAGUAAAAUGAUCACAAUGCAUGCCAUCAAGGGUCUACAGGAGUAUGCACCUCUGCAUAAUUAUUGGGUCUGGCGCAGCGCGCUGCCUGCAUUACGUAGCCACGGACUGUGGGCCAUUGCAUUAUGAUUAUUUUAUCGAUCUGCUACGGUUUCCUA